AUGCAGACAAAGGUCCCAGUGCUUCCUCGCAUUGUCAUCACUACGCGUCCCGGUGCGGACGCCGCGCCCUCGGUACCCCCACAGCACCCUCCGGCGGUUCUGCACCAUCUCCUGACCUCUAUCCUGCUGUACGUCCUGCUAUCCUUUGUCAUCAUGCUCUUCCCUGAGCUGGUACACCGACGCGAGGGUGUCGCACGAGGAGCUCCGCGACAUCUUGCUCGACACCCCGACGGCAAGCGCGCCGAAGAGUGGAGCCGGUACUACACGGACGGCGUCCACCUCGCGGGUAAGAACUACUCCCAGGCUGCCUGGACCCGGGAGAAGUGGGCGGACUGGGGUAUUAAGUCUGAGGUUGUCGCGUACGACGUCUUUCUCAACUAUCCUGAAGACCACAGCCUCACGCUCCUCGAAAAGAAGAAGAAGAAGGAGAAGAAGGAGAAGGAGGGAGAGGAUGUCGCCGAGUACGCGUUCAACUCGGGCCACUGGGAGGUCCAGUUCAGCGCCUCGCUCGAGGAGGAUAUCCUUGACGAAGACCCCUUCACUAGCCGCGAGGACCGGGUGCCCACCUUCCACGGCUACUCUGCCAGCGGCAACGUGACGGCGCCCUUUGUCUACGUCAAUUACGGUACCUACCAGGACUACGAGGACCUCGUCCAGGCCAAUGUGACCCUCGAGGGCAAGAUCGCCAUUGCCAAGUACGGUUUCAUCUUCCGCGGCCUCAAGUGCAAGCGCGCCCAGGAGCUCGGCAUGGUCGGCUGCGUCCUGUACUCGGACCCGGGUGACGACGGUGAGGUGACCGAGGCCAACGGGUACAAGCCGUACCCCGAGGGUCCGGCGAGGAACCCUUCCAGCGUGCAGAGGGGAAGCGCACAAUUUCUCAGCGUGAGGCCGGGUGAUCCGACCACUCCUGGCUACCCUUCCAAGCCUGGUGUUCCGAGACAACCAGUAGACGACAGCACCCCCAGCAUCCCCUCACUUCCCAUCUCCUACGCCGACGCCAUCCCCAUCCUCCGCGCCCUCAACGGCCACGGGCCCAAGGCCUCCGAUUUUAACAAGUACUGGCGGCGCAACCGCGGCCUAGGCUACAAGGGCGUGGAGUACAAUAUCGGUCCCACCCCCGACAGCGUGGUUCUCAACCUUUACAACAAGCAAGAGUACACCACGACGCCCAUCUGGAACGUCAUCGGCAUCAUCAACGGCACUCUCCCCGACGAAGCCGUCAUCGUGGGCAACCACCGCGACGCCUGGAUGAUUGGCGGCGCCUCGGACCCCAACAGCGGCUCCGCCGUUCUCAACGAGGUCAUCCGCAGUUUCGGCGAGGCCGUCAAAGCCGGCUGGAAACCCCUGCGCACCAUCGUCUUCGCCAGCUGGGACGGCGAGGAGUACGGCCUCGUCGGCAGCACGGAAUGGGUCGAGGAGUUCCUUCCCUGGCUAUCCAAGGCCAACCUAGCCUACCUCAACGUCGACGUUGCCGUGAGCGGCCCCAACCUCCGCGUGUCCGCCGCGCCCCUGCUUCACGACGCCUUCCUCAAGGUCAUCGACCUCGUCCCCUCCCCCAACCAGACCGUGGCCCGCCAGACCGUGGCCGACCUCUUUAGCGGCAAGAUCUCCACCAUGGGGCGCGCCCUCCCCGGCCAAGCCAUCUACCACUACCACUCCAACUACGACACUUUUCACUGGAUGAGCGGGUCCGUCGAUCCGGGCUUCGUCUACCACAGGGCCAUGGCCCAGGUCCUCGGCCUCCUCACCGCCGAGCUGGCCAACACCCCCGUCAUCCAGUUCAAGGCCACCACGUACGCCGACGAGCUCGGCAAGUACCUCGACAAGGUCCAGGACGCCCUCGAAGCCGCCACACCUGCCGCCCACCAACAACAGCAGCAGCAGCAGCAAUCAAGCGAUGACGAGAAUGACGACAAAGAGGAGAGUGAAGAAGUUUUCCUCGCCGCCAGGGCAGUCGCCCGCAGCUCCUCCUCGGUCUCCACCAGCACCGACGCCGCCGAAAAGGUCGACGCCCAGGCCGAGUGGUGCCGCCGCCAGAUUGCCGGCGGCGGUAUCCCCUGGUGGCGCUUCUGGGACAAGAUCAAGCUCGGUAUCCUCUUCGUCAAGACCAACACGAAGUACAAGCGCUUCGAGCGCCAGUUCCUUUACGAGCCUGGUCUCGACGGGAGGAGCUGGUAUAAGCACGUCGUGUUUGCGCCCGGUUUGUGGACCGGCUACUCUGGAGCCGUCUUCCCCGGCCUGCUCGAGAGCAUCAACGCCAAAGAUUACCCCAACGCCAUCAAGUGGGCGGCCAUCAUCGACAACUGCCUUCAGGAUUCUGUCAAGCUUCUCAAGAAGUAG